AUGCAAAAUGCAGAAUAUAAUCUACAACAGGGAUAUAACUAUUCUCACCAACGAGAAAUAAGCGAUAAUAAUCAUCAAGUAUAUGAAGCAACAAGAGGUCAACAUGAUACUCAAAAUGAAUAUUAUCAACAGCCUCCUUAUUCACAAUAUCAACAAGGUGGAAUUUCUCAUUCACAACAGCAAUUAACAUACCAACAGCAAGUGAAUACACAUCAAAAUCAAGCGUCUAUUCCACAUGGUUACCAAGGAAGUCCUCGUCAGUACAAUGUAUCAGAUCCUCAAGUGAACACGAACUCAUCGCAUCAACAACAAAGUAGUCCUCAUCAAUAUGCGUCGUCAUCUCUACCUCAGCAACAGAUAUAUUCAUCCCGGACAGCUUCGGUUCCUCAACAACAAGAACAUACGACUAUUUCACCGGAACCUAACGUAUAUUCAAUUAGUUCGUUCAAUGGUAACGUUAAUAGUCCAGACAGUGGUAUGAAUGAUAAUUCAAUUAUUGGCCAAAGAGGAGAUCAAAAUGGUCCGAAUAAUAGUAGUCAAGGAGUGCCAAUUAUUAUUGAUCAAGAAGGCGACAAAGGAGUUCAAGGUAGCGGUGAUAAUUUGCAACAGCAAGGAGGGAAUUAUGAAACUACUAGACAAAUAUAUUAUUCAUCGGAACCUAAUACAGCAUAUAUUACAAAUGAAGCAAAAGAAUAUGUAAAAUCAGAUGGAAUUGGAUAUGAGCGAUACCCACCAGAUGCAUAUACAGCAAAAAAAUUGGAGACAUCGGGUGGAGACGUCGGAGUAACUUUUAAUAGAUAUGAUUCAUAUAACAAUAAUAUUCAAAAUACUACAGGUGAAACACAAUAUAAUAAUAAUAAUGCAUCUGCAACAUCGUCACAACCUAUCGCUGAACCAUUAAACAUAAAUAAGGCAUCAUUUUCACCUUCUAUUAUCUCAAAAAAUACAUUGGAAUCACAAAAUAGUAAUAAUAUACCUCCAUUACCUCCAACAUCACCACCACCUUCACUGGGUGGUAUACCAAAUCCAAAUCCAAUCAUGCUUAAAGAUAAAUCAUCCAGAUCAACUUCUAUCAAUUCAAUUAAUUCAUGGCAAAAAGAUAGCCUACAAUCAGCAUCAUUACCUUUAACUGUAACAGCUAAUCCACCACCUGAAGUACCUUCAGGCUCGCAUCCUGUUACAUCUUUAUCGAACCCUCAAUCUUAUUAUAAUAUUCCACCAUCUCCAUUAAUAUCACCGUUACCUACACAAGUUGCAAACACACAAGAAUCUGUACGAGGUACAAAUUUUAAAGGUACGAAUUCGCAAACUGACUCGCAGCAGAUUCCUUCACAGAUCGUGAAUACAUCAGCUCAAAUGACCCCACAAACGGUAACCCAAAUCGAAUCUCCAAUGAAUUCAUCUCAAAUUAGUUCUUCAGAUUAUUACAAACAACUAUUACCAACUCAUACAUCACUAGGAUAUUCCCAAUCAACACCAUCACAAGAUUAUAGUAAAGAAGAAUCUGGUGCUCAUGAAAUCGUAUUCCCGCAAGAUGAUGUUGUUGCGCGGAAUGAAAUCGUUACUUCCUCACCACGUCAACAUCAUCAUGGACAUGUAGCAUCAGUAGCAAGUAGCGAUGGAGGUUUCUAUAAUAGUAGAAAUUCAUUGACCAAUAAUUUAGAUAAAAAUUUACCACCAUCACCACCAUCUAUGGGACAUCAAACACAACCAGGUAGUGAAUCUAGUAAUUAUGUUGUUGAAGCUAGACCAUACGGUCGUGAAUCGAGAAAUCAUGGUAGUGAAACAACUUAUGGUAGUGAAAAAAAUUAUGGAAGUGAAACAAAUUAUGGAAAUUAUGGAGCCGAAGCUCGACAGCAUGGCAGGGAAAUGAGUAAUAAUUACGAAGAUAAUCAAUUACCUGGAGGAAGACGAACAAAUGAAAUUCCAAUUUUUACUCAAGUAAAAUCUCUAGAACAAAUUUGGGGUAUGCCUAUAUUCGCGGAUAGUAGACCCACUUGGAAAUUUUGGUAUUUUAUAUAUUGCUUGAUUUUAACUGUCCUCUUCACAUAUAUUAUUCUUGUUAGGUUAAGAUUAAUUGACUAA